AUGGAGUCAAAUUGGAGAACAAUUGGUGAAAAUAUAUCAAAAUAUAUCGAUGAUGAUGAGUUCUUAUCUAAUACAAAACCUCUACAAAUGUGUAAAAUCCUAAAUUACGCAACAUUAACGUCAAAUCAAUUCGCAAACUUGUUCAAAAAUCUUUCUGAACAUUAUGGUAAAGAUGACAUGUUUAAGAUGAUGAGCCGUGCACGUACAGUCGAUUUCAAGACAUUCCAAGAAGUUGAAGAAGUUGAAGAUACUUUCAACUCUGUUCUUGGAAUUCCGACACUUUCUAAAAUAUUUUCAUUCUACAAGAAUUCACCACGAACCGAAGCUAAUUCAAAACCCAAUAAAUUUCAUGCAAGUAUACUUCCCAGAUCAAUAUCACUUGGUUGUGGUGGUUAUAGAGUAAUAAUAAAAAUUUCGGGUUUAACCACAGAUGUUUAUGGUGUUAGAGAUGAUAUGGAUUCAACAGAAUUUUUAAAACAAAUCGCACAAGCAGCGGUUUUAACAGAUUUAAGUUUAUCGCCACAUGAUUUCGUUAUCAGAUUAUUAAAUGGGAAAACAAUCCUAAAUAGUCAUCCUUUAUCAGAUUAUAAAAUGCAUGAUGGAAGUGUUCUUAAACUUUAUUUAAGAUCUCGCGUAUAA